AUGUUUAAAGCUGUUUUACUGCUGACUUUCGUCACCCUCGUCAGCUCUCAAGUGGAACAAAGUGUUUUCGCACAGUUCUCUAAACCUCAAACUCAUAAAGUCCAGGUGCAACCUCCAACUACGAAGGCUGUAGGAUACAUGGCUCCGCCGGAGCUGAGUGUAUUGAGGAGCAGGAGAAGUUUUUUCGACCGUGAUAUGGACCCCGAGGACAACAACGCACUUUUGCUGCGGAUGAAGCAAAAAAUGAGUAACCCCAAUUGGGUGCCUGACAUAAGGCCUAGAAACAAUUUCUUCAAUUAA